CUCUCUAGUCUCUAUGUAAGAAGAUGCCCAAUCCUCCCUACAAUACAAAGUACAAAAACUGGAUAAAAUGAGAAGAAAAUGAGACUCUGUCAAAUCCGAUACGAUAAGAAAAAAGAGUAGUAGAGAGUGAAGCUGUCGUUGUUAGUUGUUAUCGUUCUUCCUGUUUUGUUUGUGUUGAUAAUUCUUCGGAACCCCAAAUGCUUCUGAGGCUUCAACUUUUAGAAUCCGCUACUCUUCCACUUGAAAACUCUGUAUCCAUUCCCAUCCCCAAACAUCACGCACUGCCCCAUUCUCCCAAUGGCAUACACCAAGAAUUUCGACUAAAGAAACUGAAUCUGGAGAAAAAUGUUGACUCUGGGAUUCCACAGAAAAGGGGUGAUAAUGGGUCUGUUCUGAAGCAGCGCAAGGUGCACUCCAGAUGUUCGAAGAAAUGCUCAUCUUACAGUGGAUGUAUUCCUGCAGUUCUACAAGCUUUGAAUACCAUUCAGGAUUUGGAUGAGGCGCUCAGACCAUGGGAGGAGAGUUUCUCCAACAAGGAAAUGAGUAUUAUUUUGAAGGAACAGGUUUCUUGGCAGAGGGCAUUGCAGAUUUUCGAGUGGUUCAAGAAGAAAGGUUGUUAUGACUUGAACGUGAUUCAUUAUAAUAUAAUGCUUUGGAUACUCGGCAAAGCCCGAAAGUGGAGCCUUGUGGAGAGUUUGUGGAAUGAAAUGAAUUUCAAAGGGGUUGCGCCUGUCAAUUCCACAUAUGGAACCUUGAUUGAUGUUUUCAGCAAAGGUGGACUUAAAAAAGAAGCACUUGCUUGGCUUCAAAGGAUGCAAAGUCAAGGGAUGGAACCUGAUGAGGUCACAAUGGGGAUUGUCGUUCAAUUGCACAAGAGGGCCGGAGAGUUCCAAAAAGCUGAAGAGUUUUUCAGGAAAUGGUCAAAUGGUGAACCUUUAAGAUUAGGGAUUAAUCAUGAUAAGGUGGACACUGCACAUCUGAACAAUGAGGGAUCACAUAUCAACGUUUGUUUAAGCUCACGGACAUAUAAUACCUUGAUUGACACAUAUGGAAAGGCUGGUCAACUUCGAGCAGCAUCUGUAACUUUUGCUAACAUGAUCAAACAAGGGAUACCCCUGACCACAGUGACACUCAAUACAAUGAUUCACUUGUACGGAAACCAUGGACGUCUACGGGAAGUUAGUUUGCUGUUGCAGAGAAUGGAAGAGCUUCAAUGCCCACCUGACACACGGACAUAUAAUAUCCUCAUUUCUCUUUAUGUCAAACAUAAUAAUAUCAACAUGGCAGCAAAAUAUCUUGCAAAGAUGAAAGAGGCCUGCCUUGAACCUGACCAUGUGAGUUACCGUACCCUCUUGUAUGCAUACUCAACUAGGAAAAUGGUCAAAGAAGCUGAAGAACUCGUACAGGAGAUGGAUGAAAGGGGUCUUGAGAUUGAUGAAUUAACUCAAUCUGCUUUGACUAGGAUGUAUGUAGAGUCAGGUAUGCUUGAGCAGUCAUGGUUAUGGUUCAGAAGGUUCUACCUAGCUGGGAGUAUGACUUCUGAAUGUUAUUCCGCCAUUAUUGAUGCAUAUGGCAAACAAGGUUACACUUUAGAAGCAGAGAAAGUCUUUUUGUGCUGCAAAGAAAGGAAGAAGCUCAGCGUCCUUGAGGUUAAUGUGAUGAUUAAAGCUUAUGGAAUAGGGAAAUUCUAUGAUAAAGCAUGUCUAUUAUUUGAUUCUAUGGAGGAAUUUGGUGUUGUUGCAGACAAAUGUACCUUCAGUUCUCUCAUACAUAUUUUGGCCAGUGCUGACAAGCCAAACAUUGCAAAACUUUAUGUGAAAAAAAUGCAGGAGACAGGAUUGGUGAGUGAUUGCAUCCCAUAUUGUGCAGUGAUAACAAGCUUUGCAAAGUUUGGACAAUUGGAAAUGGCAGAAGAAUUAUACAAGGAGAUGAUUGGAUAUGGUGUGCAGCCUGAUGCCAUUAUUUUUGGUGUAUUAAUCAAUGCUUUUGCUGAUGCGGGAAGUGUUAAAGAAGCCAUCAGCUAUGUUGAUGAAAUGAGAAAGGCAGGCUUGCCAGGGAAUCCAGCUAUAUGUAACUCUUUGAUAAAGUUGUAUACUAAAGUAGGCUACCUGAAAGAAGCACAAGAAACAUACAAGUUGCUUCAAUCAUCACAACAAGGCCCUUCUGUAUUUUCUUCAAAUUGUAUGAUUGAUCUUUAUACUGAGCGAGUUAUGGUUGAACAAGCAAAUGAGAUAUUUGAGAUCUUGAGGGAGAAUGAAGUUGCCAAUGAGUUUUCUUUUGUGAUGAUGUUAUGCAUGUAUAAGAAAAUUGGUAGACUGGAUGAAGCCAUUCAAAUUGCAAAUCAGAUGAGGAAACUAGGACUCUUGACUGAUCUAUUGAGUUAUAAUAAUGUGCUUGGCUUGUAUUCUAUGCGCAAGAGGCUAAGGGAAGCUAAAGAGACAUUCAAAAAAAUGAUAGAAUCUGGCAUUGAACCUGAUGAUUUUACUUUCAGAGCUCUUGGACAUCUUUUGCUGAAUUGUGGUGUUUCAAAGCAGGCUGUUGGCAGGCUAGAAGUAAUGGUGAAGAGGGAUGCUCCUCGUGGCUUGCAAUCGUGGCUGCUGACACUUUCAUGUGUGCUUGAAGGGGAUGGUUAUAGCUGUACAAAUGAAUAGAAGUGGUUAUUUAUGGAUGGAGCCUACCUAUUCUGGCCUUCCUCCGUGGCUGAUUUUAUGCUUCUUUACUAGCUUAAAGGCUGAGGCUAUAAUUGGAACCAUUCAAUCAUGGCAUCUGGAAUAACUACUGGAUUCUGGGAUGGGAACAAGUUUUCACCCUUUCUGAGUAUUCAUUGAAGGUUAGCAAUGGGAAUCAUAUAGUUGAACCCUCUCUGGAAUUGUAUCAUAUGAAUCAUGUCCAACUUUGAAUGGUGUUUGCUGGAGAUAUUGAUCCUGAAUGCUUCUUUGGAGAAGAUAUGGCUUUACCACCAGAUGAUUUUAAUUUUCUACACCUCCUUGUUCAGGACUCAAAUAGCCUGUAUUCAAUGAAGUCCCUCAAUCUGACAGUUGUUUUUUGAUCCUAUACAUUUGGCCAAAUCUCAGCUUUGCAUUUUUCACUCCAAUAAAAGGGAUAAGAAAGCUACUUGUAACGAGCAGAACUGGAUAUAGAGAUGUGCAAAGCUACAGGAGAGUCUGUUUGCAUCUGCUUUUCAUUAUUGCCAAUAAUAAAAUUUCAUUUUCUUUUUUAUUACAUUGUUUGUAAAGGCAUCUAAGUUCUGAAAAAAUUAGAAGGACUUCCCUUGUUUUUGAAAAUUACACCUGGCUCUGAAUCUUAUACUAGCACAUACAUAGUAUGAGCUAUCUCUUCUUGUUUCUAAAAUUACACAGAGCUCCCUUAUAUAAAUUCCAGUAUACCUUACAUUUCCCAGGAGAUAUAUGGGAGGUCACCUUUUGUUGCAGAAUCAAGAAGGGAGGUCUGUCUAAUUUUAUCAAACCUUGUCGGGUUUGUGUCUAUACAUUCUUAUGAGAAGAGAGUGAAUGAUUCUGUUACUGUGUUAACAUUAAAUUCUCAUGAGAAGAGAGUGCAUGGUUCUAUUACUGUGUAACAUUAUUUUUACCUUCCGCAAUAUAUUUUAGAUUGCUCAGAAAGAUAAUGAAUAUGAAAAUCAUAUGGAAGUACAUGAAA